UUCUUCAGAUUAGGUGCCAGCAACAUGGUUUCGUUCAGCAUUUUCGGCGAUUAUUUAUCGACCGCUCUAGUCAUCGGCUUAAAUGUUCUUGUACUCGUAGACGCAGAUCCGACACUGAAGUUAAUUAAUGUGGUAUUUAGGCAUGGUGAUCGGACACCUGAUAACAACGGAUACGAAAUGUAUCCAAACGAUCCGCAUUUAAAUUACGCCUUCUAUCCGGAGGGCUUGGGACAGUUGACCAAUCAAGGCAAGCGUCGCGAACAUCGAUUAGGAACAAAAUUGCGGGACAAAUACACAGACUUUUUGGGAGAUAUGUAUCUGCCAAAACUCUGUUCGGGUCACAGUUCUGAUUAUGAUAGAACGAAAAUGUCUCUACAACUAGUUCUCGCCGGCUUGUUUCCGCCAUUAGGAACUGAACAACAAUGGAAUCCUGCAUUAAAUUGGCAACCGAUUCCGACGACAUACGUGUCACGAAAUGACGAUAAUUUUUUCUUAGCUGACGAAUGUCCACAGUUUCUUGAGGAGUACGAUCGAGUGCUAAAUUUGCCUAAGAUACAAGAAAAAAUGUCCCAAUUUACAGAUAUGAUGAAUAACUUAACGGUACUAACCGGUAAGAAGAUCCAGACGCCUUGGGAUAUGUUUUACCUGUAUCACACUUUCGUAGCAGAGUCAUCCAUGGGUCUGCAUCUUCCGAGUUGGGCGCAUGAAUAUUUUCCGAAUGGUACAUUAUUUGAUGGGAUCGUAGCUGCAUACGAUAUUGCAAGUUCUACUGAAUUAUUAAAGAGGAUAUAUGCUGGCCCAAUAAUUCUUGCCAUUACGAAAAAUAUGCAAACUGUACAAAAUGGGAGCUUGUCAACAAAAAUUUAUUUAUAUAGUGGACAUGAAACUAAUGUUGCAGCACUGUUGCACGCGUUCAACGUGUACGAGCCUCAUGUACCUGAAUACUCUAGCGCUGUUGUUUUAGAAUUAUUAGAGGAAAACAAUCAGUAUUAUGUGAAGCUUUUAUAUUAUCGGGGCAUUCCGCCGAUCUUCGACGAGCUUACAAUCCCAGGUUGUGAAACUCUGUGUCCUUUCGAUAAGUUCUCGGAUUUAAUUCGAAACUUGAUUCCAUCCAACGAAGAAAUGGUUUGCAACAGGAGCUAGACUUCGGAUUAAAAUACCCGGACACAAAAACCUGCCGACUCAAAAAAUAAAUUAGUUAUAGAAUUGUCGCUUUUGAAGCGAAAUAAUAACAACACCUAAUGCCUCUUGGAAUGUCAAUUGGAAUAUCACACAGUAUUUUAAAUAUAUAAUUUUUAAAAAUUUUAAAUAAUUAAUAUAUAUGUAUAUAUUUCAUAUAUGUAUAUAUAAAAUAUAUCUUUUAUGUAUAUGGAGUAAAUAACUUUGGAGAAAAAAUAAAAGAAAUAUAAAGUAA